UCAGGUUACUGCAGGUGUAUGGAGGAGGCGGGCGUGUGCUGGCAGGAGCUGACACUCAAAAACACUUCUCAAACCCAUGACUUCCUCAAAUCUUCCUCUUUAGCUAUGCGUGGAGUGUAUUAGUGACUUUUAGAAAUUGUCUUGGUCCUGGUUCAGGAUGUCCUCAACACUGAGUGUGAGAGAUGAACAUGUCGGUAAAGACAAGAAGUGCGCACAAAAAACCCAAGAUGAGAAGCAGGCAGUCCAAGAGAGAACUUUUACCAAGUGGAUAAACAUGCAUUUGAAGAGAUGUGACCCACCUUUACAGGUUCAUAACUUAUUCACUGAUAUUCAGGAUGGAAAGAUUCUCAUGGCUCUUCUAGAGGAACUGUCAGGCUGUAAUAUGCUUGAUAAAUUCAGGCCAUUUCCACAUCGCAUCUUCAGACUAAACAAUAUUUCUAAGGUCUUGGAUUUCCUCGAGGACAGAAAUGUUAGCCUUAUAAACAUUGACGCUAAUGAUAUUGCCGAUGGCAAUCCUUCAGUUGUUCUCAGGCUAAUCUGGAACAUCAUUGUGUACUAUCAGAUUAAACAGGUCACAGGAAGCCUGGAGAAGUUCCCAUCCACCUUCAGUCUGCUGUCAUUACCUUGUGGCAGUGAUUCUUCAGGCCGUAGUUCUCCAGCAUCACCUGGGGAUGACAGUUUUGGCACUCUACCCUCAAAAGGCAAAAGGUCAUCUCGAAAUCUCAAAUACCGCGGUACAGCCAUAAAGACUCUGCUUAGCUGGGCACAGAACUGUACUGCAAAAUAUGGGGUAGAAAUUUGCGAUUUUGGUAAAAGCUGGAGGAGUGGAUUGGCAUUUCUGGCUCUGGUUAAAUUCUUCUGUCCUCAGUUUGUGGACAUGAGGAAAGCUUUGUCUUCUGAGCCCCGACUAAAUAUGGAGACAGCCUUUACAGCAGCGAAUGAGUGGCUGGGGAUUCCUCCACUGCUGGAUCCAGAUGAUCUUGCAGUGCAUUCACCAGAUGAGCAGUCUGUCAUCACUUAUGUAGCCCAGUUUCUUGAAUGUUGUCCAGGCCAUGAUGAGGACAGUGCAUCAACAGAUUCCUCUCGAGGCACACCAAAUUUCAUUGAAAGAUCGGACAGACAUUGGACUGAUUCAGUUAGCUGCACGUUACCAUCUAAUAUCUCUGCUGAAGCUUUGAGAGGGCUUCAUAACUCUUCUGAGACCAGCCAAGAGGAACAAACCUACCAUACUGGAGAUCAAGAGCUCAGCUCAGAGUCACUGCCUGCCUGUCCUUCAGACAACCCUGUGGGUUUAGCUGCUCUGUCUGAACAUUUCCUCACCAUGAAGAGCUCCAGCUGGUCAAAUGGACAAUCCCUGCCAGACUCCACUGGGGGGCAGUGUUGUGACUCUUUAGCAUGGAAGAAAGGCUAUUUGGGAAGCCUGGAUAAUGAUGGGAACUGUUCAGAGGUUUCAAAAGAGGCUGUUUAUGCUAUGCCAAUGCUGGAUUCAGAUGAAGAGGAUGCAUAUAGCUAUAUAUUAGAGCUGGACCAUAACGACGCUGGACUAGAGACAAAUGUUGACCUUGAAUUAAAUACAAUUAUGGAUGCACAGGGAAUAGAGCUUGCCAGUACAUUUGAAUCUCAAGGAAGUGAAAUAAACUCAUUGUGUCAUUUUUGUGAGACACAGAGGCAGUUUAAGCCCUCAGAUGUAUUGACUGGGUCAGGUGACGGCAAAAGUGCAGACAUCCGUGACUCAAAAAAACUUUCACCUGCUUCUGACUCUUUGCUGAUGAAUCAAUUUGGUAAAAAUAUACCAAUAUCAUCUACCAGUGAACAUUUGGACUUGGACUGUUCAUUAAAAAUGAAGGAGAGUAUUAACUCAGAUGCAUUUAAUCUGACUCACGGUGAUGGUGUUGAUGAUGCAUUUGUGCCACCAGUGAAAAAUGGUCUAGAUAAGGAAAAAAUCAGAGAGGACCUUUUCCCCGGUGCAGUGAAUGAUGGUCUAUCAGAUAAUGACCAAUAUGAGCAAAACAGUGUUUUGGAUCAAAGAGUUUUGGAUAGAAUAACAGGAGAACCUGCAGUUUCACAGAGGAAGGGGGGUCUUGACCUAACUAGUUAUGAGGUGCAUGUGCUUCUGUUCCUCUGGAUGAUCGCCUACUGCAUCCUUAUGUAUCCUCACCUGGAUAUUCUCAGUCUAUUCAACCCAAAAUAGCAGUACACAAGAAAUAUAAUUACAAGGUUAUACUAUACUCUGGGUCCACACACACAAACUCUCACGUUAUCUCCUUCUCAGACCUUAUCAGACAUUUAA